AUGGCACCAAAACAGAAGACCUUCGAGCUGAUCCCAGACCUGCCUGGCCUGGGUCAUGCCCAACAACAACAGCCCGCUGCCGCUGUCCAGAGCAAGCCUCCCAUGACCACCAAGCAGGCAAAGAAGCUCUACCGGCAGAAGAGCAAGGGCCCCAAGCUUUCCAAGGCCGAGCAACGUCGCAUCGAUCUCAUGGAACAGGAUCGGAUACGCAAGGAGUUCGAGAAGGAAAAGGCCCAGGCAAGGGCAAGGCUCGCAAGAGACAAAAAGAAGGCAAAGGAGGAAAAGGAGAGAGAUGAGAGGAGGAGGAAGGGUCUGCCACUCGUUGAGGUUCACCCCAGCCAAGACACGAUUUCAAGAUUCAUCAACAAGCUGGGUUCCGGGGCAAAGACCAACGCCCACCUUGAAUCAGUCCUGGAAGCCGAAUCAGAGUCCGCAACAGAAGCCGAAUCCGAGACUGACGCUCGUCAUGAGCCAAGCGAGAGGCGGCAAGGUCAUCCCGCUGAAGACGAGGGGGAGCGAGCACCGGAAAAGGAGAACGAGGAGCCAACGGACGCCUUCAAAGAUCCCACGGCAAGGCCAUCCAAGAGACGGAAGCUCGAUCAGCCAAAUAAGAACCUACUCGACAGGAUGAUAUACAUUCCUUCGCAGACAUCAGCUGGAGCUAUAGCAAGGGUUGCACAGGAGAUCGAGAUGGAGUCGUGGUCAAGACCGAGCAGUAUCGACACAGAUGACCCGGAUACUGAAGUCAUGCUGGAGGAUCAGCUCAUAGCAGAUGUUGAACUGGCCUCCUCCAGGAGUGCGACCAAAUCAAGCCCGAAUAGACAGAGCCCUGCCAGAGAACCCCUGCCAUCCCGUGUCCAGCCUACCUCACAUGCCUCCGCCAUUCCCAAAGCAUCACCACCACUCCGCCCUCAAUCUCGACCUCAGCCUCCUAGGCCGCAACAACUACGAUACCAUCAGCUGCCUGUCGACAACCGGCUUCCCCUGCAACAGCUACCCCCCACAGGCCACGGCCGUGCUAGACAAGUCGAGGAUGUCUUCAAGAAGCCAGCGUCACCAUUCAUCCCUGUAGAUAAGCAGGGACCUGCAAUCAAGUGCGCAGUGGCUGCCGAGCCAUCCGCUCCUCCUAGAUUUAAACCACCUGCAGGAGCUGCUCAUCUCCAAUCCGGUCGGCCAAAAUUCCUCUCGAAGCAGAUGAGGCCGGCACCAAGACCUAUACCGGUCCAGGCUUCUCCUACUUAUGCAGGCUCGAGGCGACUGCCCGCCAACACAGGCGAGGCUUUUCCCACGAGCACUCAGUUUUUGGUCAUGAAUCAUGUGGACGAGCUCUUUCCAAGCCCUUCCCAGGAAGCACGGGAGCUCGACGAGGGUCAGGAGCUAGGAGGUACAGCUGAAGUACCAGCAGGCCGGCCGUCACUGCUUCAGACCCCAUCAAUUUUCACUGAUAUACCCGUUAAUGAUCAGAACGGAAGGCCACCGGCUGUGGCCCAUCGACAAGCCUCGCCGCUUCUCCAUCACCAGCUGAACAGAGAUGCGCUGCCCGAUCUUCCCUUUCUCGCGACGCAAGACUUCAUUCUUUCUUCUCAGGACAUGGAAGAACUGGAGACCCCGAGCAAAGUGCCAACAGAUCCUGCGUCCAGGGCUUCGCACGUGACAGCUUUGCCUUUGAAAGAUCCGACAUUGUGCUCUGGUGCAAAGAGACAGGUUAUGACGGGAUUCCAGGUCCAGGCAGCCAAAGACAGCGCAGGUGCAACGAUGUACCCUUGCAAAGGAACGACAAGCCUUGAGUUGGAUCGCAGACGACUGCUGCCGCCCUCUAUAAAUGAUAUUGGAAUCCGUGGCCAACUUUCAGGGCAGAAGGUCACGCCAGCUGUGCAAUGCCCGACUGAAACACUAAAUAGCCCAAAAUCGCAGCGCCCUCAAGGCUCUAGCAACGGGCAUCCUCCCUCUCGACCGACCUCGCAGAACCCCUUGUCCUCGCCGAAGAGGAACAGCAGACGCUACAAUACCGGCCAAAGUCAGUCAAUCGAAGGCUUUGGCCGCCAGUCGCCGUCAUUUCAGUGCCCCCACUCGCCAGCCCGACUGUCACCAGCGAACACAAACUCGAACAGUGGCGGUACCGCACAACGUUCGCAAAAUGGCCGCGCGCCAGGCGCGUCGCCUCCGAAGAAGCGGAUGUUCGGCUCCAGUGGACCCGGCGCCGAAGUCCUUGUUGCCAUGGAGCGCAGCUACAAGCAGAAUUUGGCCGAGGAGCGCCGGCGCAAGGAAGAACUUCGCGUGCAGGAGAGACAGACCCGGGCUGAGGAGCUUGCUCAGCAGGAGCUUGCCGAGAUUGUGGAAGACGACCUCCUCGAUGAUGAGACUUAUUUUGAGGCCAUCCAGACAGAAGAUGCAUGCGGACUUGUAGACAAUGUCGGCAGCGGCAACAGGUCCCCAGCUGCCACAAGGCUACGAAGUCCCCAUGGGGUGAGGAUAGACGCUGUGGGCAAAGCCACAGGUUGGGCAGCGGGGACCACGACGGAGAUGGUGGCUUCACAGGAGACAGACUACGGAGACUUUGACUUCGAAGCCGGGGCUGAACUUGACAUGCUGGCCGAUAUUGCAUGGGCCGAUGAUGACUUGAGCGACAUAUGA